GGAAGAAUGGCGGCGCGAAAUUUGCCAUCUCAUGGCGAACCUCUUGUCAUCGAUGAAAUAUUCCAACGAUUAUCAUCUGAUAUUGCAUCGAUUGAUGGAAAAUCGGCAAGAAUUGUUGGGAGACUAGAGGAGCACAAUAUCCACACCUGCACAGCACAAGUGGUGGACUCCAACAACCGACGACCGCUCACCAUUGACACCAGGCUUGUGGAACCAUUCAAUGCCAAGAUCGGCUCUCUGUUUCAGUUCAUUGGUGAAUUAGACUGUGCUUCAAACACUAAUGUAACUCUCAAAGCCAGAGUGGUUCGUUGUGUGGAUGGGUUGGACAUGAAAAUGUACCAGAAAGCCUUGGUGGCACAGAGACCAUACUUGGUCUCCAGGAAGGAAGACUACAGUUAGUGGGCAGAAAGUGUUACGAUGGGAUGUGAUACGAUUCAUAUCACACAGACAAUACUUGGCCUCCAGGAAGGAAGACUGCAGUUAGUGGGCAGAAAGUGUUACAAUGGGAUGUGAUACGAUUCAUAUCACACAGACAAUACUUGGCCUCCAGGAAGGAAGACUGCAGUUAGUGGGCAGAAAGUGUUACAAUGGGAUGUGUUACGAUUCAUAUCACACAGACAAUACUUGGCCUCCAGGAAGGAAGACUGCAGUUAGUGGGCAGAAAGUGUUACGAUGGGAUGUGAUACGAUUCAUAUUACACAGACAAUACUUGGCCUCCAGGAAGGAAGACUACAGUUAGUGGGCAGAAAGUGUUACAAUGGGAUGUGAUACGAUUCAUAUCACACAGACAAUACUUGGCCUCCAGGAAGGAAGACCACACAGACUGCAGUUAGUGGGCAGAAAGUGUUACGAUGGGAUGUGAUACGAUUCAUAUCACACAGACAAUACUUGGCCUCCAGGAAGGAAGACUACAGUUAGUGGGCAGAAAGUGUUACGAUGGGAUGUGAUACGAUUCAUAUCACACAGACAAUACUUGGCCUCCAGGAAGUGAGCAGAAAAUGUGAGCAAGAAGGGAAGAAGCUACAAGUCAGUUAGAUGGCAAAGAGAAACUCAGGGUUUGAAAUUCCUAAUAUGUAAUAGUAUGGUUAUAUCAGAAUGGCAUGGUUAAUUGGUUACAUCAUAAUGGCAUGGGUAAAAUCUGUUUCCUGACCAUGAAGGGCACACUGAGAAAUUAUAUUU